UGACAAAUGACUUUCAAAACCACAACUGUUUUGCUUGUUGUUUGCAUUGUAAUGAUAAAUGUUCAAAAAGUGAAUUUUAAUUAGCUUACAAGAAUUGUAGUCUCAGACUUUUAUUAGAAAAAAAUGUCAGCUACGGAGAGUCAGCAAGAAAUAAUACAAUAUGUGCCGUUUAUGUCGUUUGUACACCCAUCUUUCUGGCAUAGUCUUACAGAGAUGAAACUCGAUGUUGAUAAAUUGAACGAGACUACGAAGCAGAUUUGGGGUCGAUUUACUUACCGCAGUGACAUAGGAGCCGUAUUCGAAGUUGAUGGCACGUCGUUUAACAAGGUUCCAGAAAAUGAACAGCUAUACACAAAUGUUAAAGGUACAAUAAUGAACAAGAAUACGAUAGAAGAAUUUAAAUCUAUAGAUAAAGCUGCUCUAUUGAAUUCAGUUGGAAAAGUGCUGUGGACUAGUCUUCAAGAUAAAUCAUGGAUUUCAGUGCCCAGUAGUUUGUUAAAGUUCAUCAUAUUGUCGUUUGCUGAUCUCAAGAAAUUCCACUACUAUUACUGGUUUGCGUUUCCUGCUCCUAGUCAGCCCACAGUAUAUGUAAAAGAAAAGAGCACUAACAUUUCAACACAUUUUGAUACCAACCAAAUAAAUGAAAUAACACAGAGCUACAAAUCUCUAGAAUUGGAACAGAAAUGCUUCUUCUCUAUAACCAAAGACAAUGACAAUAUAAAAGUGAAAACAUUGUCAGAUCUAUUAGAUUCAAAGGAAGGAUUACAAAAAGAUGUGGAUUUAUCUUGUACUUAUUUUGUAUUCAAUGAUCCAAGCAGUGGGAAUAAUCCUGGAUGGCCGUUGCGAUUGUUUUUAGCGGCUUUGUUGGAACAUUGUCCAAGUUUAGUUGGAUCUGAGAUAAAAAUUAUAGGUCUGAGGUGUAGUGCAACUGGUGGUGUAGAAAACAGUAAAAGUUUUACUGUGGUGGUACCGAAGGAUGUUAAGACUGUGGAUGCUGCUGGCUGGGUGGGAUGGGAAAGAAAUGAUAAAGGAAAUUUUGGACCAAAGCUGGCCAACAUGUCUGCUUCUCUUGACCCUGUGAUAUUGGCUGACACAGCUUCAGAUCUGAAUAUAAAACUGAUGAAAUGGCGUCUAGUACCAGAUAUAGAUGUUGAUAUAAUGAAAAAAACAAAAUGUUUGCUUCUGGGUGCAGGUACACUUGGCUGUCAUGUAGCCAGGGAUUUAUUGGCCUGGGGAUUCCGUCACAUUACAUUUAUAGACAAUGGAAAAGUAUCAUAUUCUAACCCAACGCGGCAGGUUUUGUUCAGUUUCCAAGACUGCCUCAAUGGUGGAAAAAAGAAAGCUGAGGCGGCCGCUGAUGGUUUGAAGAAUAUACUGCCAACUGCUGUAAGCAAAGGCAUAGUAGCUCACAUACCUAUGCCUGGACAUCCUGUAGGCGAGUCAUUGAAGGAUGAGACGAUCAAUAAUAUAAAAAUUAUAACGGAGGCUAUAGCCGAACAUGAUGUUAUAUUCCUUCUUUUGGAUACGAGGGAAGCACGGUGGCUUCCAACGCUUAUAGCCGCUCAUUAUGGAAAGAUAGUCAUCAACGCGGCUCUAGGUUUUGACAGCUACCUAGUAAUGCGGCACGGCAUAGCUGGGUCCCCUGCAGAAGAAUCAACCUCUGUUACCACCACCUGGAUACCUGGAGGCAGUCUUGGGUGUUACUUUUGUAAUGACGUCACUGCUCCGGGCAAUUCGUUAAAAGAUCGCACCUUAGAUCAACAAUGUACGGUGACCCGCCCUGGCGUGGCGGCGAUUGCAGGUGCACUUGCCGUAGAGAUUCUAGUCGGUUUAUUACAACAUCCUCUCAGAAACAACGCCCCAGCAGUAUACAACUUAAACAGCGAUACAGAAGACAUACCGCCAGAGAUGCAGGGCGUCCUAGGUCCAAUACCUCACUCAAUUAGAGGCUUUCUCCACUCAUACCAAACGGUAGCACCGACUUGUGCCAAAUUCAAACAAUGCAUUGCAUGCUCUGAAACAGUGAUUAAUAAGUACAAAGAAAAAGGUAUAGAAUUCUUACUCAAUGUCUUCAACAGCGGUAACUAUUUGGAAGAGGUUACCGGAUUGAAUGAACUGCAUUUGACUGCGGAAAUGACUGAUAUACUAACAUUUUCGGAUGAAGAUGAAGAUUGAAAUAGUGGAAUUCCAAGUUAUGAAUAUUUAUAUUUUUAAUCUCUUUAUCAUUCUAUGCUGAAUUAAUCAUGCAUUUACUCGUAAGUAUUAAGACUAUAGCAAGCUGU